CGGUCGUGGCGGCCUCGCGCUGAGACUCGGCCGCCAUGACCUCCGCGCUGGAGAACUACAUCAACCGUACUGUUGCAGUAAUUACUUCUGAUGGAAGAAUGAUUGUGGGAACACUCAAAGGUUUUGAUCAGACCAUAAACUUGAUUCUGGAUGAAAGCCAUGAACGAGUGUUCAGUUCUUCACAAGGGGUUGAGCAAGUAGUACUGGGUUUAUACAUUGUAAGAGGUGAUAAUGUUGCUGUAAUUGGUGAAAUUGAUGAAGAGACAGAUUCAGCUCUUGACUUGGGGAAUAUUCGAGCAGAACCUUUAAACUCAGUUGUGCACUGAAAAGAUGAAAAUACACAGGGACUUUGUAAAUCUUUGGUUGUACAGACCUAUUUAGCAAUGUGGACAGUUUCUACAAAUUGUGUUUAAUUUGUUUAGUCACCAGUUUUUUAUUAUGAAUAUGGUGUAGUUUUGCAUGUAAAUUAAAGUUUCUACAUUUUGCUAAAGGUA